CGUUAAAAAGCCGACUUUAGCCGGAUGGUGCCUAGUUGAUCGUUUUUCCUUAAGACAAUGAAGAACUUCGUGUGUAUUCUUGUGCUCAGCGCACUUACCUUUUCUGCCAAUGCGCAGGACAGUUUCAAAUGCCCGGACGAUUUCGGAUUCUACCCACACACCAGAUCCUGCGACAAGUACUGGAAAUGCGACAACAAUGUGGCCGAAUUGAAAACCUGCGGAAAUGGACUGGCCUUUGAUGCCAGUGAUCCAAAAUACUUGACAGAAAACUGCGACUACAUCCAUAAUGUUGAGUGCGGCGAUCGUGCCGAUUUAGAACCUCCAAUCUCCACCACCCAUUGCGAACGACUGUACGGUAUCUUCGCUGAUGAGGCCAAAUGUGACGUGUUCUGGAACUGUUGGAACGGCGAAGCUUCAAGGUACCAAUGCUCACCUGGAUUGGCCUACGAUCGGGAAUCGCGCGUUUGCAUGUGGGCCGACCAAGUGCCAGAAUGCAAAAACGAAGAGGUAGCUGGAGGAUUCAACUGUCCAGCCAAUGGCGAAGUCAGCAACACUGGGUCUUUCUCCAGACAUGCUCACCCGGACGACUGCAGGAAAUACUACAUUUGCCUUGAAGGUAAGCCGCGUCAAGCUCGCGAAUACGGGUGCCCGAUUGGUACCGUUUUCAAGAUUGGUGAUGCCGAUGGUACCGGAAACUGCGAGGAUCCAGAAGACGUGCCCGGAUGUGAGGACUAUUAUGGCGAUUUGGACUUGAAAAGCAUCAGAAAGAGCGAACUUCUUGCUGGACUCCAGUCCAGUGGCGCAUCGAGGUCCACCAAUCCCGCCCCCAAAAAAUCAGCCCCCCGGCCUGCACCCGCCUCACGUAACACCCCUGAAUCUUCCAACUAAUUAGGUAGUGUUUAAGCGCAGUUUUCCCCAAAAUGUUUCACGUUUUUCAUGCAUUUUAUGGGCCCGUUGCGAUGUUAGUGUGUACAUAAUGGUCAGUGGCGCAACGGGUUCGUUUCUUUGGGGGGGCAGGUGAAGUUACGGUACGAUUUUCUAUAGUGUAGGGCGCAAUGUUAGUUUUAUGAUAAAUUCGGCAGGAAGUCGUUACAAAAUUGCUCUAUUUUGUAUGCAUAGAAAAUUAAUAAAAAUCCUACUGUGA